UGUUCUCCAUGUUGGUGCUGACUGUGUUUUUCUUGCAUACUCUUCUCUAUCCCUUUUGGGCUCCAUGCUUCACGGUGUGCUGGAUCACUGGUACCACUGCAAUGGCUGGUCAAACACUUUUUUUUUCCACUUUUUUUCAUGGAAUAAAAACUGCAAUAUGGUCCUUAAUGUACACUCACAACGGCCAAUGCCAAACUCCUGAACAACAAUCAUUUUUUGGUCUGGGAAUCCUGGUAAAACAUCCCUGGUAUUACACAUUUAAAUGGGGUUUGGGGACAUGGGAAAAACUACCGCUGUUAACACUUACGAUGUAACUUUUUUCUGAUGCCUGGGUUCAAAAAAGAAAUCUUUGGAAAUGAGGGAGAAAGCUGCCAAAGAAGAGAGACAAAAAGAAAAGAAAGUAGAAACGAGUGCACAAAAAUUGCGUAAGCUCUUAAAAGAAGAAAAAAGGUUGAAGAAGAAAAGGAAAAUAACACCUUCCUCCUCCUCCUCCUCUUCUUCUUCCUCCUCCUCUUCCUCCUCCUCCUCCUCAUCAAGUGAUUCUUCAUCAGAUGUAUCAGUUUCUUCUUCCUCCUCUUCCUCUGAUCGCAAGAAACGUAGGAAAAAGCAUCGGAAUAGAUCUGAGUCUGCCCACAGCUCAAAGAAACGCUCAUCUAGAGCGUCCUCCCGUUACAAAGAUCAGGUUAGGAAGGAGGAGUGGUAUUCGCCUCCCACUGAUACCUCUGCUUCCUUUCUUAACCAAAGUUUUGAAGUGGAAAAUCUGCUGGAAAGGCAGGACAGCUUAGUGUGUCCAAAAACAGAGGUAAAAGAGAAAGACAGACACUGUUCUUUUUCGAGGACUUCAGGUGAUGAUGAAGACACUUUUGGAGGUAGGUCUGAAGAUUCAAGAGAUUCUUACAGUAGCUCCAGAACUCUGCCAAGUAGUAGCAAAACUGAAAAAUACAGUAGAACAGAGAGAUUUUUCUCUAGUUGGAGGGGUUCUUCAGGUUCAUAUCAUAAGUCAGAUGAUAAACCCAGGAUGCAUUAUUUUAGGAAGUCAGAAAGGGAUGUAGAGGGAAGAAAAGAGCAGUUUAAAAAACAUGGCUCAGGUCAAGACAGGUAUUACAUGUCUCCAGCAGGCUCUGACUAUUCUGGCAAGUCAGUGGGGAAAUACAGAUCAUACUCUAGCACCUGCUCCUGGGAAGGUGAUAGAAGUUAUGAUAGUGAUAGGCAUGUGUCAGGUCAGCAUAAACCAGAAAGCGAGUGUAGGAGUAGGAAAAGAAGUUCUGAGGAAAGUAAUAAAGUGAAGGAAGCAGAGGAGGAAAUGUCUUUAAGUGAUACAUCACAAACAGAAAGUGGCAUUAAAAGAAACCUGCCCCAGAACUUAGUUAACAUUUUCAAUCAAAUAGCGGAAUUUGAGAGGGAAAAAGGAAGUAAGCAGAAGAAACAGUAAAGUACUUUUAAAAUUGCUGUUCUCAUGAGUGUAGUUAAAUGAACUUUUAUCUGAGUAUUUCUUGAGGAAAUGCUUAUAAAGAGAGAAAGGCAAAAUCUGUUCUGUCUUGCAAAAUGUCAAAGAAUUCUUAAGAUUAUAUGCUGGAAAGAGACACAAGGAUACCUUACAUAAAGUAUCAGUUAUUUAAAAUCUACAGUUUCUGGUGCUCUUAAUUUGGGGUGUUCCUGUACAACAUUCUCUGGCUGGUGGGUUGACAUCCUUUGAUACCCCUACCCAGGUAGCUGUAACUCACAUCAGAUAGGCACUUUAAUGACAGAUGGGUUUUGUUUGUUUUUUUCUCAUCCCUUGGGGUACUGUUGACUGUUGAUAUUUUUGUAUCAAGCUUAACUUCCAGAUCUAGGAAGGGGAUAACUGAGAGUGCAAGUCCUGUGCCAUCAAUGUAUAUAGCUCAUUUGGUCAUU